AGAUGGAGUUGGAAGCUCUAAGGUCUAUCUAUGAAGGUGAUGAAAGUUUUAAGGAGCUUGGGCCCACCGCCUUCCAGUAUCGGGUUGGUGACGUGGGAGACACUAAGGCCUUUCUGAUUGAAAUAUCCUGGCCAGAAACCUAUCCAGAAACUGCACCAAAUAUAUCCAUGAAUGCUUUUUUUAAACAAUCAGAUUUCCCCACUGGUCAAACAGAGUAUCGCAAACAAGUUACAAGAACAGGUGGAAGCCAACCUUGGUACAGCCAUGAGUUAUACCUUAUUUGAGUAUGCCAAAGACAAUAAGGAGGAAUUAAUGGAACGUCACCAGCCAUUCAACAACUCUUUAACAUUAGCAGGAAGUGACGGCACCCUAGAACCAACAAACAUAACUCCUUCUAGUAAGAAAAAAGACAAAAAGGAGCAGUUGACAAAAGCACAAAAACGCAAACUAGCAGACAAAACGGAUCAUAGAGGUGAACUACCACGGGGAUGGAACUGGGUUGAUGUUAUUAAGCAGCUUGCUAAGACUGGCUCCAAUGAAGAUGAAUAA